CACAACUCAACAUGUCAGCAGUUUGACAUUUUUAAACUAAAUCAAUAGUUUUUAAAAUUAUCUUGUAGUAAGAGAAAAUAUAAUCAGUCCACAAUGAGUACCAGUAGUACCACACACAUUUUAGAAGAAAAACCUAAGGAUACUUAUUACGCAGAUAUAAACGACGUUGAAGACUUGCCUCGGCGAAGGUGGAGCAUUGGCGACGACUGGCGAGCGAGCACCACUCUGUGGUUGCUGGUGCUGGCCCUGCUCCUGUGGCUGGCUACAUACUUGAUGACGGUGCUGGUGGCAGUGUACUUUGACUGCGGCGUGCGCUCCGUCGUCAGCCUGACCACGCUGCUUGGGUGGAACAAUGGCACUUCCAUAGUCUCCCUUGAUGAAAAUACUAAGUUUAUCGUGACGUAUUAAUUGUGUUAUGUACCUGUUAUUAAAUUACCUAACAAACAAGAUAUUCUACAAGUUAU